AAUAGUACUUAUACUUUGAAGUGUUUACCAUUAAAAAGAUAGUCAUUCCACCAUAUAAGUAGAAGUCUGCAUGGUCAUGCAAACACAUGAGCAUACAUACCAGCUUAGUCAAGGUUACUUUUAGAAGAAAUGUGUUUGUUAUUGUACUUUGCAUGGUUAUUCUCUUUUUAUAAGAGCUGGAAUCUCUUCCCAUUCGCUCAGUUUCGUUCUUGGAGCCAUGUCGAACCUCUCUCUGUUCUUUGCUUGUGCUUGAGUAAAAGCAGGAUCAGUCUUAUUCUGGUGCUGAUAGAUUUAUCAGAAUAUUUGUAGGGGUCCAACGAAAAGAACCAUCAAAGCAGCGUCCAAAGCUCCAUAAGAGUGGCGUCCAAAGCUGUUAAAAAGACUCGUGUAUUGAACAAACGAGGAAGUAGUCUCUCCUCUAACCUUUGCCAUUAACCGUAAAAUUUGCUACCGUCUGAUCCAAAUACUUCGCACUAAACAUAGUUCGAACUUCUAUAUUAUAAUCCUUACAGCAAAAUAUUGAUAUGUCAGCCCUAAACAAUGAUGACCCUGGUUCACUUCACCAUGUUGACGAGCUUGUUGGCCCAACCACCCAGAGCCUACAUUCAAAAGACGAUCCUCAACCUACCACGAAAAGAAUCAAUCUUAUUCUUGAUCCAUCAGCGUUUACCAAAGGAAUAGGAAACAUAAAGCGGUGGUACAAAGAUGAGUACAUCCAAUCUCGAAGUGAACAUAUCAAAGAUACUAAAGUAAUAUUGAAUCUAUAUAUACCAUCCUAUACGUUGCACGAGUUUGACUAUUUACAGAGAGGUACAUCAAUGACAGCAUUUUUCGCUAGGAAAUCUAUUCGUUUCAUAGAUGAGCUAUACGAAAACAAUCAAACUUCCCAAGACAUAACUCCCAAAUUCCAGGUGAACUUAUCAAUUGAAGCACCCUUUGAAAGAGGGCCUCGGUGGAAGGACUGUCAGGAAUAUCAAGUCAUAAGACCCAAGGUGAAAGAUUUUCCCAACUUCAAGACCAAGUUUGACUCGAGUCUUGCAAGAAGAAAAGCUGAAGAUUUUGGGGACUUAACGAAUGAUAUUAACACCAAACUAUCAACCUCAGCCUCCAGUAAAGUAAAUGACAUUCAGUACGAAAACUCAGAAUCUUUCCUGCAAGCAGCAGCGACUUCGGAAGACUACGCCCAAAUUCCUGCCAAAUUAAGGUACUUGGUAUCAUCAUGUAUUUUCAAGAAGUUCAUACAACCCAACGACUUUACAAACGUCAUGGAAGAAUGGAAAGUUGUGUCAGAAGAUGCAAUUACUCAGGUGUGGAUGAGAAGUUUUGGAGUUGAUGCCAUGAAUGUGAAUGAAGCUGAGCUUCUUAUUUUCAAAUCCUACGAUGUUAACCGAUUAUUCAACCCACAUAAAGACUUCACCUUGGAAGACAACGUCAAACCUAAUAGCAUAUUUCAAGAGAUUAUUGAUACUUCUGAGUAUAGAAACAAGGAGCUCGGAGAUCCCUUCAGAGGUCACAGAUCAUUUAGAAAAAGGUCCACCAAAAAAGACCAGCCAAAUCAGAUUGAAAAGCCAAUAAGCGUGGAUGCGUGUGAAGACCCUGUGACUCAACAGAGCUUCGAUUAUAUCAGCUAUGCACCAAGAAAAGUAGAGGGUGAGCUCUGGAAAGCUCCAAAUGAUACCAGUAGUAGAAGCAGAAGCAGAAGCAAAAGGCGAUAACUUGUAUAGUUUUGUGUAAUAACAUCUUGGCAACUUCCGGUAUCCGCACACAACACAC